GUCGCAUUUGCGUCAUCAGAACUCCAACAACGCUCAAACGGGGAGGACGUGGGAUGAAAGAGUGAAGUGCUUUGUUAGAAACAUUAUAAUUUAUUUAUUUUUCAAAUGUUUCUAAUAUCGGAAUCGUAAAGUACAAAGUAUUAGGAUAGGAUUAAUAUCCGAACGCCAUCAUGGCGUCGGACGAACAAUUUUCGCUAUGUUGGAACAAUUUCCAUGCGAAUAUGUCAGCAGGCUUUCAUGGCCUGCUGUCACGUGGAGAUCUAGUAGACGUAACAUUGGCUGCCGAAGGCAGAUUAUUACAAGCACACAAAUUAGUUUUAUCAGUAUGUUCUCCCUAUUUUCAAGAAAUGUUCAAAAUGAACCCAACUCAACAUCCCAUAGUAUUUUUAAAAGAUGUUAGUCAUUCGGCGCUAAGAGACUUAUUACAAUUUAUGUAUCAAGGUGAAGUUAAUGUUAAGCAAGAAGAAUUAGCGUCAUUUAUUAGUACAGCGGAACAACUUCAAGUGAAAGGUUUAACCGGUAAUUCAAAUGAAGAAAGUUCCACGCCAUCCAAACCAAAGCCGACCUCAAGGCCAGGCCCGAGGUCGUCACAACAAAGGCAAUCUGUUAUGACUAAGUUAGAGACUGAUUUAGAUUCUAAGCCCUCCUCAACUCCAGUAGCAAUUAAGAGACCAAAUAGGCCGUCAAUAGCAUCAAAUAAUUCAUCGUCAUCUCAAAGUGGACCUGCGAAACGGAAAUGUGUGGACCCUUUAGAAGCUGGGCCGUCAGGGUCAGCUAAAGACGAAUUUGUAACGAUACCAGAUGAAGAUGAAAAUAAUGCCGUGGCACCGAAAAUGGAACCCGAAUUUGUUAAUGAAAGUAUGUGGGAUGAAGAUGACGAUGGCACGAAUAAUGAUGAAACAAAUUUCGGCGAAGAUGACUCUAAUAUGGAAAUGACUGGCUUUGAUAGUUCGGCAACGGGAGAUGGUAAUCUUACUGGGACUGGGGAAGGUGGAGCUGUAGGUGAUGCACAAGUAUACUGGUCGGUGUCGCGUUACGGCAACCCUGUGCUGGUGGUGGGCGGGGAGCGGUUCCGGCGAGUGGGGCCCGUCGGCCGCGGCCGGGCCACCUGGCGCUGCAUCAAGUCCGACCACGGCUGCCGGGCCUACGUCAUCACACACCACGGCCUCGUCGUCGCCCUCGGCUACGACCACCAGUUCCACACCAGAAAGAUAAGACGACAGAGACGAAGGAAGGAGUUGGUGAACGGAUUCUGUGAACAGAUUUCGGUGGCAACCCGCCGGCGGAGGCGCCGCCCACGCUGGGGCUGCCGUUUCCCUUCCCGUGCUUCCCGGGCCAGUUCCGCUACUGCCUCAGUAAGCGCGGCAAGCCCGCCAUCGAGGUGGGCGCGCACCGGUUCUGCUUCAACGGGCGCGCGGCCAGCGGCAAGGUGUGGUGGCGCUGCUCGAGGAACCCCCGCUGCCGCGCCGCAGUGCACACCUUCGGCCUGCGCGUCGUGCAGAUGAACAGCGCGCACACGUGCGGGGUGCGCGCCACACCACUCAAACCAAUGUUCUAAACGGCAGGCUGAGAUUAUUCGCUCGUUCUGGUGUCGGUUCGUCGGUCUGCGUAUAAUGACGAAAGAUCCAGUAACCUGUUAAUCCAUACUAGUGGACCAGAGAUAUAAUUUGUUCCGUGAUUUGAGCCCAUAAUUCUGGUGAUACUAUUUGAUGGAUCUCAUGUCAGAAUGAGCGUGUAACUACUUACGACUUACGAGCCGCAUUCGAUGUAACUUAAUCACCACAAUUUCAAUACAUUGACCACCGGCAAAAAUUAAGCGAUGGCACAAAGAGCGUCCCAAACUAAAUUGAACACGUAUGAAAUUUGAAAUGCGCCUACGCGGGCUCGAUGUUUUCGAAACGAACGACUAAAAUUACUGUGAUCGUGCCUUCUCGCCGGUGGUCAGCGGUACGCUUCCGACAGUUUUAUAUCGGUGACGUGAUGUCGUCGAAGUACACGAAUAUACAGUUUUAUAGUGUCUUAAUAUAUAAAAAAUGACAAAUAUUUUAGGACACAGAUCUGGUUUAAUAUACUCGAAGAGAUAUCCUUAUAUUAUUUAAUAGACGGUAGCUCCUGUAUUCUAUUUGAAGUAUACGACUAGUAUUAUGACUCGGGACCGUUCGCGCACCGUGGACCGAUCCUCGGCGAUUUAUUUUGUUAGGGAAGCCUCUAUAGAGGCGUUGUAAAUAUGUUGUUGCAUAAUAAUCGACGACGGAAGAGUGACUGUGGCCAGUAUUUUUUUACAGUAUUUACAAUGUUUACGCGACUAAAGCACUAUUUACUCGGUUUAGGGCAGGCGCGAGUCUCCCGCCGGUCGGUCCCGAUCUUCCCGCGGCGGUCCCGCUGUAGACUCUCGUACAAGGUGAUAGUUCUCUUAUGAUAUUUUUAUAUAUUACUUUAAUAAAUAUUUUUACAACAUUAUUCGCAUUGUAUAUAGAACGGUUGUUGGGCGGGCUUCCACCCCCGCGCGGUCGGUUUCGGUUGUGUUUUCGGACGGAAUGUUUUGUUGUCGAAUCGUUGAUGGAUUUCAGAGUCGCGACUCGUAUACGAUAAGAGAUUGUUCCAACAGAUUUACACUGCGAUGCAUUUAUUUAAAUAAUUUUAAUCGAUAAAUACUCAAUGUAUACGUUUAGAUGUAAGAAUCGUUUUAGUGAGAUCUUUAUUUUAUUAUCGAGAGAUUAAUUUUUUGCAUUUAGUACUUAAGGAUACGUUAAUUUAAAGAUUUAUAUAGCCGAGGCUGUACUUACACAAAGACUUAUUUUUCGAUAACAAUAGUUAACCGCUAAGUUAACCACGAGGAGUACCAGUAUUUACCAUUGGAGAUGUAUACGAUAGUAUUAAGGCAACCCGCAAAGUAUUAUAUCGAAGUAUUACUUUUUAUUGUGAUAAGUUUUUGUUAUUUUAGAGGAAAGUAUAAUAGUACGGAUAAAGGUAGGCGCUCCGACCUAGCUGGUAGGUGCGGUAGGUGCGGUAGGUGCGGUAGGUGCGGUAGGUGCGGAUCACGCUCUAGCGCGUGCGAUAGUGAGAUCUGUUCUCUCUGUAUAGUGUAUAGGUACAAAGAAACGAAUAUAUUAUUGCGCUGAUA